GGUCCAAUGGAGCAGCUUUGCAUUUUGAUCAUGAUUGGAUUCUUCACAGUUAUUGGUGGAGCACAAAACGCAACAAGUCCAGCUCCACCGAAGAGUCCUUCUUAUCUGAUCUCAGUCUCCAGAGUGAUACAGUCCGGGGUUCCAGCUACAGUAUCCAUCACCAUCCUGACCAAAUCAUCAGUUUUUGUUAUUUCUGAGCUCAUACAGGGGAACAACAGCCUGGGCCAGGCUCAGAGCACCAUCGAAGGAGGAUCCACUAAACUGCAGGUGCUGCCUCUUAUCCCCAUGAAUGAUUCCUGGUACUGGGAUCCCUAUAAACUGACUGUAAGUGGUUAUAUUGGACAGACUUUGGUCUUCUCUAAUUCUACCCUGCUGAAGUACAGCCCCAGGAGUGUGUCUGUCCUGCUCCAGACUGACAAACCCAAAUACAAACCAGGCCAAGCUGUAAAAAUCCGGGCUCUGGUUGUAACCCCUGAUGGCAAACCAUGCAACAAGCAAAUAGACAUCAUCAUAAAGGAUCCACGGGAGAAUCUGAUCCGUCACUGGCUGGCUGUAAACCUUUUACUCGGAGAGACGGCUAAAGAGUUUCAGCUCUCUCAGAACCCUCCUCUCGGGACGUGGAAAAUCAUGGCUAAAGUGGAUGAAGUCACCCAGGAAAAACUCUUCACUGUCAGUCAUUACAUAUUGCCAAAAUUUGAGGUUCUGCUUGACGCUCCUGAUGUUCUUUACUCUGAAGAGAACCUGAUAUACUCUGUUUCUGCACAAUAUCUUUAUGGAAAGCCAGUUGUUGGGAAAAUAUCAGUGGUGUAUGUCCAUGGCUUUCGAGGUACAACAGCAUAUUAUGAAGACUGGAACAUGAUUGAUGGAAAAGCUGAAUUCAGCUUUGAUGUUCCUUCGCUGUAUCAGAAGUCAUCACGUGACCCAUUUUAUGAAGACUUUGACCCCAGUGACUACAUUGACAUCCAUGUUCAGGUCACAGAGCUGCUGACUGGUGUCACAUACAACAGCUCUGUUCGUGUUUCUGUUGUGAUGUGCAAAUACAAUCUGGAGUUUCAGCAAUAUCCUUCCACCAUAAAGCCUUCUCUGAACUUCUCUGCCCAGCUAAGACUGUCCACCUGGAACAACCAUCUGCUGACAGCAGAGGACCAGAGUUGGAGUGUGAAUCUCACUGUGAGCCAGGAGCCUCUCAGUCCAUGGAUGUUCGAAUGGGAAAGUUCAGAAAAUUUCAAAACCCAGAAUUCCUCUGAUUUGACGUCUUUCCUUUAUCCUAAUGGAAAUAUUUCAGUGAAGAGAUUGCAACUUCCUGUCCCUGCUGAUGGACUCCUCCCCUUCCAGGUUGAGCUCUCUGAAAACGUGGCUAUUCUGACCAUAGAGGCCCAGUACAAAGACACUCGGAAGCGCCUACAGCUGCACAGAAGAUAUUCGUCACCUUCUCGAUCUUAUAUACAGCUGAGAUGCACAAGUUCUCCACAGAUCGAGCACUCUCUCUACAUGACUGUGGAAAGUAAUUUCCCUUUAACUCAAUUCCACUACAUGGUGAUAUCACAAGGCCAGGUGCUGGCUGCUGGCACUUUGACUUCCUCGUACUUCUCUCUGUCUCCUGAUCCAUCAUGGAUUCCCCUGGUGAAAGUGCUGGUGUACUGCGUCCGUCCUGAUGGAGAGAUCAUCAAUGAUGUGUUGGAUGUUUCCUUCACAAAAGUCCUGCGAAACCAUGUGUCUGUAAGCUGGUCAAAAGAACCUGCAGAACCUGCAGAGAAUGUGUCUCUGUCCAUCUCCGUAGCUGAACCCAGAUCAUUGGUGGGAAUCCUGGUUGUAGACAAAGCGAGCCAGGACUCAAACCGGAGCAACGAUUUUACAGAAAAAAGGGUGAUCGAGGAACUGUCUUCUUACACUAUGGAUAUGACCCUGAAGGAGGGAGUGGAACUUAGCAGCCCAUACUCUGUAUUCAUGGUGAGUGGCAUCACAGUUCUCACUGAUGCUCGCCUCAAUGCAGAAACCAGCUACAUCAGGCCUGAAGUCUACAUGGAAUUUCUAAUGCUGCUAACUUCAGAGCAGGCUGACCAGAAACCUCGUCAGCGUAGGAAUUUUCCUGAGACCUGGCUGUGGCUCGACAUCACCAUGGGUGAAUCUACAACGGCAGCUCUCACACUCACUGUACCAGACAGCAUGACCUCAUGGGUGGCCACAGCCUUCGUCAUAUCGGAGAAUCUGGGUUUGGGGCUCAGUGCUCCUGCAGAGCUGCGUGUCUCUAAAGACUUCUUUGUGUCGUUGAAUCUCCCGGCGUAUUUGGUCCGAGGUGAGCUGCUGUUGCUGGAGGUCCUUCUUUUCAACUACAUGGAUGUGGACCUGGAGGUGCUCGUGACAGUGGAUGAGAGCAGUAUGUUUGAGUUUGUGACCUCAGCUGGUGAUGCGUCGCCGUUAGCAAACAUGCGUCAUGUAACUGUUUGGAGGCAGAAAAGCAUGAUGGUGGUGUUUGCCAUCAGAGCCACCCAGCUCGGUCAGAUGCCCAUCUCUGUCCAGGCCACGAGCUUCUCCACCUCAGAUUCAGUCUCUCAGACAAUCUUGGUUAAGCCUGAGGGGAGGCAGCAAUCGUUCACUCAGACACUCUUCCUUGAGUUCGACUCAAUGAAGACAUCUGUGUCCAGAGGGGUGGAGUUUACGUUCCCUUCAGCAGCUGUGCCAGGCAGUCUGAGGGCCCAGGUUACUGCGGUCGGUGACAUUUUGGGGCCAUCCAUCAGUGGUCUCGACUCCCUGAUUCAGAUGCCAUAUGGAUGCGGUGAGCAGAACAUGAUCCACUUUGCACCGAAUGUUUACGUGCUGCGGUAUCUGAGCAGUUUGGGCCACGCGGAUAAGGAAACGCGCACUAAAGCACUGAGCUACAUGACACAAGGCUAUGAGCGCGAGCUGUCGUAUCAAAGGAUGGAUGGCUCUUUCAGUGCUUUUGGAGACAGUGACCCUUCUGGCAGUACGUGGUUAUCAGCGUUUGUGCUGAGAUGUUUCCUCCAGGCUCAACAGUUCAUCUUCAUUGACCCAGUGAUCCUGUUCAGGACGAUGAACUGGCUGCAGGCCCAGCAGAGGGCUGACGGUUCCUUUGCAGAGCCUGGACGGGUCAUACACACUGAGCUGCAAGGAGGAUUGGAUGGCCCUGUGUCCCUCACUGCUUAUGUCCUCAUGGCUCUUCUCGAAGACAUGGAGGACAAGCAUACCUAUGACGAUGAAGUAUCUGCUGCCACGAACUAUCUGACCUCCAGGCUGAGCCAAGGCAUCUCCAGUAACUACAGCCUGGCUCUGGUGACUUACACACUGUCUCUGGCCAAAAGUCCAUCAGCUGUGCUCGCUCUUACUGAGCUGAUGAACAGAGCCCAGAUGCAUGAUGGUGUGCCCAUGUGGAGCGCUGGUGGAAGCAGCGUGUCGGAGUCGUGGCAGCCGCGCUCAGCUGAUAUCGAGAUGGCGUCGUACGCUCUGCUUUCUCUGUAUAUGCAGGGCAGCAUGGAACACGCCCUCAGCCUCAUGAAGUGGCUCAGUCAGCAAAGAAAUCACCUCGGAGGAUAUGGCUCCACACAGGAUACGGUGAUCGCUCUGCAGGCUCUAUCAGCCUUUGCCUCACUGAGCAGCACAGAACAUAUUGACCUCAAAAUCACGGUGACAACGCAAACAUCUACAGUGGCUACGUUCAUCAUAAACCGAACAAACUACCUGCUCUACCAGAGCCAAGAGGUUGAAGCUGAAAAGCAUCUUCAGCUCCAGGUGUCAGCUGUGGGAAGCGGAUUUGCGCUAUUCCAGCUUACGACAUUCUACAAUGUAGAGACUCCAGUGCCGUCACGCAGACGUCGUGCUCACACAUGUGAGGCCUUUGACUUGUAUGUACAUGUUCUGGACUACGACAUGUACAAUGUCAAGGUUUAUAUAUGUUUCCGGCUGUGUGAGAACGAGGAGCUGAAUCAGACGGGAAUGGCAAUUCUGGAUGUCGGUUUACUCACUGGCUUCAGUUUGGCUCAAAGUGGCGUCCCAUUAAAUGAGCUGGUUAGGAAAGUGGAGACCUCCCCAGGAAAAGUCAUCCUGUACUUAGACUCGGUAACCAAAGCUGAAACCUGUGUGGAGGUUCCAACUACACUGGAGUUUAAAGUGACUGGUAUUCAUGAUGCAGUGGUCACGAUUUAUGACUACUAUGAGCCAAGGAGGAGGGCAGUGGGGACGUACACAUCCGAGACUAGAAGAGACGAAUCAUUAUGUUUUUUCUGUGGAGAAGACUGCUCUCAGUGUGAAGGUUUGGGGAACUCCUUGUUUGAUGGCAUUAUUUCCUCACACCAUCACCAGGGUUUGGUUCAGAGUCUGGCUUUGCUGCUCCUCAUGACCAUCUCCCCCUACUUCUAGAUAAGAGGUGGCUGAAAUGUCUUUUUGCAUUCAUAUAUAUUUUUUAAAGAAUGGUUCUGUUGUGUAGUCAGGACUAGGAUUUGUGCUGAGGAAGCUCCUACAGUGAAAUAAUAAUUCAGGAUAAUGUUAUAAGGUUGGUUUGCACUGAGUGAGUACUUUGAUGCAGAAUUUCUGCAGUCACCGAAGAUACAGUGCUGAGCGUAAAUGAG